UCCUCUCCUCUCCUCUGUCUCUCCUCUCCUCUCUCUAGUUCUACCAUGCAUGUGACCAGCCUGGUUUAACAGUGAUGUGUAUCAUGGAUUACGACACUCUCCAGUACUGUGACUUCCUGGGUUCAGUCUGUUCUAUCUGGGUCACUGUUCUCUGCAUGGCCCGAGUCAGAGACACAUUCAAACACAUGCUGUUCAUGCUCGGUACUCUGCUGAUAGCGAUGUCCAUGCAGCUGGACCGGAGAGGACUGUGGAACAUGCUGGGACCCAUCCUCUGUGCUGUACUAGCCAUGGUGACCUCCUGGGUGUAUCGAGGGCUGAAGAGGAAACAGUGCUACCCCCCCUCUUGGCGGCGUUGGGUACUGUUUCUCCUCCCAGGCCUGGCCUCAGCGCUGGUCGGUGUGUGUGUGUACGUGUUUGCUGAGACGGAGGACAACUACCUGUACACACACUCUCUAUGGCACGUCCUGGUUGCCUCUAGUGUGGUGUUCCUUCUGCCUCCCAGAGAGACAGACUCCAUGAACACCUGGAGCCCUGGAGUCUGUGGUUACACACUCUGUCACAGCACCAAGGAGGAACUAUAUACUGUCACCUGACCUCUGACCCUGGACCUGUGGAGACCAACACUGUCACAUAGGUUUAAGGCUGUGACCAUACCAGUAUUGACAGAUUUGUUUUCCAUGGCAAAAAUGAAUAUCUUAAACAGACAACUCUUUUGUCCUUUAAUAACCUGCUGGAUGUAAAAUCUAGUGUUUUAUAGCCUGGAAAAACAUUAAUGAAAACAUAAUGAUGUUGAAUAACCUGCUAGAUGUAAAAUCUAGUGUUUUAUAGCCUGGAAAAACAUUAAUGAAAACAUAAUGAUGUUGAAUAACCUGCUAGAUGUAAAAUCUAGUGUUUUAUAGCCUGGAAAAACAUUAAUGAAAACAUAAUGAUGUUGAAUAACCUGCUAGAUGUAAAAUCUAGUGUUUUAUAGCCUGGAAAAACAUUAAUGAAAACAUAAUGAUGUUGAAUAACCUGCUGGAUGUAAAAUCUAGUGUUUUAUAGCCUGGAAAAACAUUAAUGAAAACAUAAUGAUGUUGAAUAACCUGCUGGAUGUAAAAUCUAGUGUUUUAUAGCCUGGAAAAACAUUCAUGAAAACAUAAUGAUGUUGAAUAACCUGCUGGAUGUAAAAUCUAGUGUUUUAUAGCCUGGAAAAACAUUAAUGAAAACAUAAUGAUGUUUCCAAUAUUAGGGCUGUUUUCCUAAAGAAGUUACAUCCUCUUGGUGUUUCCUUGAUACUAUGAAUUAAUACUGGUGUGGUCCCAGCUCUGCUAGCUGUACGUUGGUGUGUGUGUAUAAUCCUGGUGUGGUCCCAGCUCUGCUAGCUGUAUGUUGGUGUGUGUGUAUAAUCCUGGUGUGGUCCCAGCUCUGCUAGCUGUAUGUUGGUGUGUGUGUAUAUAAUAAUAAUAAUAAUAUAUGCCAUUUAGCAGACGCUUUUAUCCAAAGCGACUUACAGUCAUGUGUGCAUACAUUCUACGUAUGGGUGGUCCCGGGGAUCAAACCCACUACCCUGGCAUUACAAGCGCCAUGCUCUACCAACUGAGCUACAGAAGGAAUACUGGUGUGGUCCCAGCUCUGCUAGCUGUAUGUUGGUGUGUGUGUAUAAUCCUGGUGUGGUCCCAGUAUGUAUAUAUAUAUAUGACAUAUAUUUCUGGUCAAGGAUAUGAAUGUUUUCAUAAUAAUAUAUUUGUAUGACAUCACUGCCUGCUAAUCCAUCAUGUCUUGCCCCUCCCUCUUCCUCCUUUCCUCCUCGUCCUCCUCUAGUUUAGAUUCACUACUAGAUAGAGGAAGACUGCUAGUAAAAGCAGGGGUGAGUGUAAUUAAUUUGCAGAAACAGAAGUGUUUCGGGCCUCCAGAACCAGAACUGAACAGCCCUGAGUAAUGUGUGUGUAGUUUGGAGGAAGUUAAAAGGCGUUUCACGAGUCAAUGCUAACUAGCAUUAGCAGAAUGAGUGGAGGUCUAGCGAGUCAAUGCUAACUAGUAUUAGCAGAAUGAGUGGAGGUCUAGCGAGUCAAUGCUAACUAGCAUUAGCAGAAUGAGUGGAGGUCUAGCAAGUCAAUGCUAACUAGCAUUAGCAGAAUGAGUGGAGGUCUAGCGAGUCAAUGCUAACUAGCAUUAGCAGAAUGAGUGGAGGUCUAGCAGCACAGCUAGCACCUGUAGACUCACGUUAUCUGUCUCGAUUCAAACACUAUAAUGGUAUAUUUACUCAUAGGAACCCUUCAGCCCCCCCCCCCCACAUACCUCUGAUUCAAAUGGGUUAAAUGCAUUCAGCCCCCCCCCCCACCUCUGAUUCAAAUGGGUUAAAUGCAUUCAGCCCCCCCCCCCACACCUCUGAUUCAUAUGGGUUAAAUGCAUUCAGCCCCCCCCCACACCUCUGAUUCAAAUGGGUUAAAUGCAUUCAGCUGUACAACUGGCUAGGGUUCCCUUUCCCACGCCUCAAUGGGCCCUGUUCCAAUUCUACAUCCUCCCUCAGUUCCUUACUCCCUUCCUUCUCCUUAAAGCACUUUAAUGACUAAGUGUAAUAAUGUCAUUUUAAUGACAUCUAAAUGUAAUUUGUGUAGAGGUCUUUCUCUGAAUGUGUAUUUUGAAACAAAUUAGAUUGUGUAUCCAGUGCCUCUCCACUCUCUGUGCGUUCUGCAAGACCAGUUCUACCAUUCCUCUUAUUCUCUGGUCAUACUGCUUUUAUUUCACAAUGAUAUUAAGUUAGAAUGAAGCAUUUUAAUGUUUGGUGUUGGGUUAAUAAUAAUGUUUUUAUGUUCUGAAAAGUUUUUGAUCCCUCAUGAUCACAUGUUAUGUUAAUGAGAUGUUAAUGUAAUGUUUCUGAUAUGGUAAAUAUAUGUUAAUUUUCAUGGGA